GACAGCAACCAACGUACACAGCGGAGCUCCAGGAAGUGAUUCUGGAGUGUUGACUGAAACGAAACAAUCUCGCGAAUAUCUUAAUAGACGCAGAAAGCAGAGCUGUAUACAUGCAGGCAAAGUGCAGCAAUGAACUUGGGGGAUGGUUUAAAGUUUGAACUUCAGAAUGGAAAACCUACGCUUGUGUUGGCACAUUAUGGGCUGGACCCAAAGGACACAAAGAAGGUGCCGUUCAAAAGCAAAAUCCAGAAACAGCCACUGAAGUCCAAGCAAAUGGAUCUGGAAGCACCAGUAAUUCAAAAACCACAAUUCAACCAGGAGAGAAUAGUUACACAGCACUCAAACCUGAAGAAAAAUGCAUCUGAAGUAUCCAGGAGCGAACCAGAGAAAGGUAUUCCAAAGCAAAAGACUGGAGGCACCCUGAAAGAGAACACCAACAAAGAUCUCCUUGUUCAGGUCAGGUCACAGACUGGCCCAACCAAGACGCGCAGCGAUUCUGAUAAGAGAAACGGUGUUAAAAGGACAGACGUCUCCAGGCAGGAGAAGCCCAAACCACAGAAGCCCAAACCACAGAAGACAGUCUCUGCUGAUCUUCUGCGGGAAAGCCUGGUUUGUUUAACCCAGGAGCAGCUUCAGCAGAUCCUAGCUACUGUGGGCCAAGCAGCCAGGGAAAAUGAGAAACAAGUUGAACCAGUAUGCAGACAAGCAGAAAGUGCUGAAACAAAUAAUGCUGCUGAUGCUGAGACUACAGAGGAGAGUGUAACAGGCCUGCUUCAGAAUAUUGGCAGCCGACCCACCAGCGAGCAGAGAAACACACUGGAAGCUGACAAAGCUGAGAGGAGUAUCUCUUCUGGGCUCUUUAGUACUCUGGGGGAAAGAGAACGAGGGAGAGAGACGCUGCAAGAGAAGAAGGCUCAGUGGAAGAAGGGGCUUGAUGAACAGAUGGCCAUGAAGAAGCUGCAGAAAGGCUCCCCUGAGGGAGUGAUGAAGGAGUAUAACCCCUGGGGCAGACCUGGGGCUGGAGCUCCAUGUAACACACUGACUCCGGUUCCCUUUGGAGGCAGCUCUGUUGAAGAGACGAGAGUGAUAAAGACAGCCUCGGCCCUGGAGGACCCAGAGAAACAGGCUGCCACCCUAAGUGACCCCCCUGGCAAGACCAGCUUCAGCUCUCCAGAUCUGCCUGCUGCCAUCCGCACGGCCUUCGUCUUGGGGGAAGCAGCCCCGGCGGACCAUGCCUUCAGUGCAAGGAAACGAGAACAGCAAGCACUGUGGCUGGCAGAGCUGGACAGACAGAGGGAGGGGGACAGGCUGCGCAAGAGGCAGGCUAGACUGCAGCAGACCCAGGAUCACGAAGAUCACGAGCGGUGGGCUAUGCACUUUGAUUCUUUACAAAAAAAGCCUCUGGUCAGCACAGAGAGACCCGAACUAGAACCCGAGCCGCUGUCCCUUCACCCUGAGCGGCUGGAGUCCAUCCCUCCCUCCGUCACUGCCUGUGUUUCCAGGGCCGACAGUCUGGGGAGAGCCAGUGUGGACAGCAGUGUUGGGGGCACACAGAAAGCCAGCUUUCUCCGCAGUAUGACGGCUCUCUUGGAUCCAGUACAGAUUGAGGAGCGAGAAAGGAAGAGACAGAAGCAGUUGGAUCAUCAGCGCUCCAUCGAGGCUCAGGUGGAGGAGCGGAGGAGGCAGAGGCAGCUAGAGGAGCAGCAGAGGCGUCAGGAGGAGCAGGAGGAGGAGAGGAGGCUGCAGAGAGAGAGGGAGAGCAUCGAGAGACAGUGCCAGGACGAGGCCAAGAAACAGAGUUUAUCCCCUCUCUCCUGGUCCCUGUAUCUCCUCUUCCUCCUCAGCUCCUCCAACCCUUGUUACCGUGCCUCUGAGCUGCAGACUCGGCAGACGAAUGAGUUGUACCUGAGCAUGCAGCGUGCCCAGGAGGAGGCGAUGAAAGAGAAGCAGGAGCAGCGCAUGAAGGACCUGCUGCGCAAGGGACACGACAUCUCAAACCUGCAGAGGAACAUGGAAGUGAACAACAGCCACAGCAACCAGAGCAUCGCCCCCAGCAGCCUGGCAGGCUGCCUGUGCGACAGCGGUGAGGCAGAGAGGCCUGCUAAGAUGAGCCAGGACCUCCAUUCCCCGAGAAAGGAUACUGGCGUGCAGACAGGUACAGGAGUUAACACUAACCAAUACUUUAAGAGCAGCACACUGAACCAGGACCAGAGGACACAGAUGGAAAUGAGGCAGCAGCUGUGUGCUGGCUUGCUGAGCUGUGAGGGGGUUCUGUCUAUGCUACACCCUUCACAAGCCUCAGCUGAAACAAGAACAGAAACCUGCAAAUUUAAUGAGAAACCGAACCCCCUAUUGCAACUUUCAGAGUCCUGGAUAAGCACAGCUGCACAAACAGAAGUUGGCAUGAUGAAUCCGGUUCAGGAACAUGCUGCAGCCGGUCUAGGCAGAGGGCUAACCACUCAGACACCAGACAUCCCAGUGGAAUACAAGCACCCACCGAACACCAAGAAAACCAAGAGAGAUUCGAGACCCCCUGACAGGAGAAACGGGAAAGAGAAUGUGUACAGACAGGACAAUCCCUACGAACCCUUCUCCAGAACAGAGAGGAGGCCGGGAAAGCAGCUGGAGAGGAAUGGGAAGAAGCCGGAGUGGAACACCAACAAGCCUGGGAAGCAGUUUGUGCCGGCGUCGGCGCGCUACCCCUCGGAGCUGCAGAGGGAGCGCGAGGAGAACAGGCAGAGGAGGCAGCAGGAGCUGCUUCAGCUGGCAGAGAGGAACCAGCCGCCCCAGGAGAGCUCCCCCAGCCCAGCCCCGCAGCCCUCACACAGGCAGGGUCAGCCUACAGGCACAAAGAAACAGCAUACCCAAAGAAAUCCUGCACAGAAAGAACACAGGUCUCCGUCUCCCCCGGUCCCAGCGCUGAAACACCGACUGCACCCCCUGCAGCACAACCCCAGUAAACCCCCCGCUCAGACCCAGCCCUUCGGAACCCCCAAGGAGCUGCAGCAGGAUGCAUCCAGCUCGGAGAGGCCGCCCUCCGCACACUUCAUCCCCUACGUGCGCACAGACGAGGUUUACAGACUCGAUCCGGACGCCCCAGUGUCCACACCGUCCACACACGACCCCCAGUACAGACGGCACAACGUUUCUGACCAUGCAAGACCAAUUCACAGUUCUGGUCAGAUGAGGGACCCUUUACUGAACCCUGAGCUGGUAAAGAACAAAGACAGACAGCAAGCCAUUCUUAAAGGAUUGUCCGCGCUACGCCAGGGACUGCUUCAAAAGCAGAGGGAGUUGGAGGUGGGGUUAAGCCCCCUUCUGAUGAACCAGGAUGGAAGCCUGUCUCCUCCUUUUCAACCAAUAUGACGGACGACGUGUCACGUCCUUUGAACUGCAUGGGAGCCUCUUCACUAAUGUUUCAUCAGCACUUAUCCUGUACAGCGACUGCGAAAUAACUACUCUCGCUCUUUGCACAUUUUACAGGCGCGCCCAACAGUGUAUGUCACUUAACUGAAGUACUGAAACCUCAAUCUGUUGAAAAUAUGAAAUUCUACUUGAGUUGAAUGUAGAUGUAUGUCAUUGUGUUUUCAUGUGAAGAUCAUAUUGUAAACUAGUUGUACUGUAAAUUAGAGAUGCCAUAACACUAUUUAUUAAAAGCAUAUAUUUUGCCUAACCUUUGAGAUGUUAGUAUUAUUAAACUUGCACAAAGAUUUUGAGUCUAAUAUAAUUUGUUUUUGUUGUGUAACAUACAGAAAUGAAGUGUGCAGAAAUCCAGUAAUGUAAUUUUCAGAUCAGGAGAAUGAUGGUCAUGCACAUGAACAGUAAUAAUAAAAAUCAGUGUUUUUAAAAUAUGCUGUUUCUCUCAUGUACAGUGCUUCUGUUAUUUUAAAAUGUGUCACUGUAGAAUUGGGACUCCGCGAUACAAGUUACUUUUGUUAUUAGCACAGUUGAAAUAGAAAAGAACAUGGUGCCCUGCCCUCUCCAGUUUAAUUUCAAAUGGCUUUCUGUUGCUUUUUCUCCCAAACCAGGAAUUAGGAUCUGUUGCCAUGGAAAUGGAUGGACAUUGAAGGGUCAUUGGUCUCACCCCAUAAUUAAAAUUG